GGAACAUCUCGACUUUACUAUUGACACUACGACAUACAUUCAUUCGAAUUUUUAAAACCACCAUUUUCACACAAUUAAAGCACGCAAAAUGGCAAACUCGAACGACGAUCGCUCAACUGACACAACCACCAAUACACAAAACAAGACCACGCCGCCACCCGAUAACAAAGCCGAUAGCGAGAACCCAUUCAUCGCAUUCCGACGAUAUGCAGACGAACAGAUAUCUUCCAUGCUCCAGGCGGUGAUGGGUUUACCAUCCAGUGCCGUGCCUCCUUUCUCCGAUAAGUGGUUAUAUUUCCAAAACACCGACAACAACGACCGAGGCGCCGACCGAGAGUCUGAUUAUCGCUCAGACGAUCACCGACCAUGUCGUCGAUGGGGAUUUCAUAGAGACGAUAACUUUUUUGAUCGUUGGCAUUCUCACCAUCGCUUCUCAGACCGCGGGUUCAACUCGUUCUUUGAUGGUUUCCCAAUGAAUUUAGGCUCUUUUCUGUUCCCGGAAAGCAUGCUAGAAGGCGACUCGCAGACCCCUUACUCCCCCUUAUAUUUGGAAAGGUCCCAAGGUCAUGACAGUCGCUAUGGGAGGACCUCUUCCUCAUUAUUUUCAUCCCGCAAGCCCGCUGAUCUGGACCCCAACGAACCGCGAUGGCGUGAUGCCUUUGAGGACCUAUUGAGAGUAACGAAUGGACAAGAAAUGUUGGACCGCGACACAGAGCCUGAGCGUAGCAAACAAUCGGCUGAGAAAUGGAUAAAGGGCCUGAUACAGAGAGGCAGUCUUGGGAACAACUGGCGGCUGCUUGGUUCCCAAGACUCCCAAAGUGGGCUCACCCUAGAGAGAUUCCAGCAGCAUGACCGUGAUAGACGCGGUCAAGAACCACCACGUCAGCAGGAAGACUUCCUGGAGGAUAAAAUUGAAACAAAGGACAUUGAGACAGAACUUGACUUGUAUGAUCGCUUCCUAGACGAUAUUUUGAAUGCUCAUGAACGAUAUUCUCGCGCCUUUGCCGAUAGUCCUUUGAUGCGGCUUUUGGACGAAGAACGGAGGCGUCAUACACAGCGAGAUAAUUAUUCACAAAGCUCCGAAGACACAAACAUUUCAAGCAAAGAUUGGCUCGAGUAUACAUUUGACGGAAACAAGAACUUGCUUGCUUCCCAGAUGACAACAGACAAUAACACUUCCGAAGAGUCCAGAGUCAUUUCGACAAUGACUCGCAGCGUGAGGCGCACGUUGCCCGAUGGGUCGAUCUUGACAAAGACAAUUAAGACCAAGCGUUUUGCCGAUGGUCGUGAAGAGAGCGAUGAGUCGACCGAAGUUAUUCCUCCUCCCACGUCUGAGAAGAAUAGCGAGGCCGUUCGGGACGUGGAUAAUGACAAGGAUUCUCAGGGAGGCUGGUUCUGGACUCGUUGACCAAUGACUUAAACACACUCACCGGUUCCGCUUUAUUCCGGUAAGUUGGAACGAUAUCACCAUGUUAUAUCCACCUCCACUCUAUAUAUUGCACGCCAACUGUGCAUAAUCUUUUAUCCUCGAUCCUUUUGCAUCUAUUCUAUGACAUUUCUAUGACUCCCCACUCCAAGACUCAACCAAAGUCAGGUUUUUGAUUUCUAUUUUCAGCGCCAAUCAUUCUCCUCUUGUCGCUUUCUUCCAUCGAGUUAUCUUCAUACUACAAUUUGGUAGCAAAGGCACAUGACCAAUGUCUAUGUGAUUCUAUGUAUAUAUAUGUUCAGUUAGUUGACACAUCCAAUGAAUAUGUAAUUAAAUAGCAAUUGAAUCAUUGCGUGAC